AAAUCCAUGGCAUAACUUGAUGAAUAUACUGAAAUAUUCAAGAUGGAUAGCAAUGGUACCAGCAAUAUUGAGACUAACUGCAAUGUCACUAGUAUGAAAUUUCAAUACUCCCUUUAUGCAACAACCUACAUCCUCAUAUUCAUCCCUGGUCUUCUGGCCAACAGUGCAGCCUUGUGGGUUCUAUGCUGCUUCAUUGGCAAGAAAAACAAAGCCAUCAUUUUUAUGAUCAACCUCUCUGUGGCUGACCUUGCUCAUGUGCUGUCCUUACCCCUUCGGAUUUACUACUACAUCAGCCACCACUGGCCUUUCCAGAGGGCUCUUUGUCUGCUGUGUUUUUACCUGAAGUAUCUCAACAUGUAUGCCAGCAUUUGCUUCCUGACAUGCAUCAGCCUUCAGAGGUGCUUCUUUCUCCUCAAGCCACUCAGAGCCAGAAACUGGAAGCAUAAGUACGAUGUGGGCAUCAGUGUUAUCAUCUGGGUCAUUGUGGGGACUGCCUGUUUGCCAUUUCCUGUCUUGAGAAGCACAAACUUAGGCAACAACACUGACUCCUGCUUUGCUGAUCUUGGCUACAAGCAAAUGAAGGCAGUGGUUUUGGUUCCAAUGAUUACAAUUGCUGAACUUGCCGGAUUUGUGAUUCCCGUAAUCGUCAUUGGAUGUUGUACUUGGAAAAUGAUUAUAUCCUUAAGACAACCACCGAUGUCUUUUCAAGGAAUCAAUGAGAAGCAAAAAGCACUACGGAUGGUUUUCAUGUGUGCUGCAGUCUUCUUUAUCUGCUUCACUCCCUAUCAUAUUAACUUUUUUUUUUAUACCAUGGUAAAGGAAACCAUUAUUAGCAGUUGUUCCAUUGUCAAAAGUACACUGUAUUUCCAUCCUUUUUGUGUUUGCCUUGCAAGUCUCUGCUGCCUUUUUGAUCCAAUUCUCUAUUACUUCAUGGCUUCAGAGUUUCGUGACCAACUAUCUCGCCAUGGCAGCUCUGUGACACGUUCUCGUCUCAUGAGCAAAGACAGUGGUUCAUCAAUGAUUAGGUAA